CAGGCCGCCAUGUGCAGGGGCAGCGAACAGCAGUGCUGGCAGCGGCAGCGGCGCAGCGCCGGCGUCGACGCGGCUCUGCUGCUGCGAGCGGCGGAGGCCGCCGUCAGGCAGCCAAUGAAAUCUCUGCUACCUCGGCCACUGGCGACCUCUGCCCGCGUGAACCUGAACCUGCACUGGGAUGACCUGGAGCAGAUGAUGGGGGCCGGCGAUGGCUGCCCGGGCGACGCCGUCACCGACAACCUGCACAGCAAGUGGCUGGAGGAACAGUUGAAGGUCGACGACGCUGUCAGCCCAACCCACGACCUGUCUUCAGAGGCACAGAACGACUAACAAUGUGAUCACUUCUAUAGAAACACCCAGCAGUGCUAUGCUGGUGUGCGACUUUAUGUCUAAAUGUUGAGCACUUUUCUGUGCUUUUCAUUACUGCUAUGUUCUUUACUUCUAAAGACUAUUCGAAUCCAAUUCAAACUGAUUAAGUUUUAGGGUGCUGCA